AUUAUUGAUACAAAAAUCAGGGAAACGGAGGAUUUGAUAUAUGCUGAAUAAUUAUUUACGGCCUAUCCAAUGCAGUCCAGCGAUACUGAAGAAUUACAGCGGAUACCGCAGCUUAUCCAAGGUCCUCCGCAGUUACCGCCAUUAAUUAAAGGAGAGAAAUUGAGGAGUGGACCAUAUAUCAUUACGGUGACCGAUGAAAUGGUUGCUCAGAGAGAAAGGGAGAAUCUGGAGCUAUACAAAGCGUGGGUACGAGAGCAACGCCGGAGGCACAUAUUACCGGAGGAAGAGGCGGACGAAUAUAUGGGCGACUUCAAGGAGGCAGCGAUCAGGCGAAGUUUCAUCCGCAAAGUCUUUUGUCUCCUUACGGUGCAAUUGGCAUUUACCAUCUUCGUCAUAUCUAUCUUCAUGUUCGUGUAUGAAGCACAGAAGUUUAUGAUAUUGCACUGGUAUCUGUGGAUCGUCGCCAUAGCCUUCUUUAUCGUCGCUUAUUGUGCCGUGUCCUGUUCAGUGCACGCCAGGCGAACACCUCCAUAUAAUUACAUAUUCCUGAUCAUGUUGACGCUGGGAAUGUCAUACUUGGCCGCCUUCGUCUCCGUGUUUUAUAGCGUUGAAGUAAUACUUAUCGUUAUGGGCAUGACUGCAGUUGUCACAAUGAUAAUAGCUCUUAUAGCAACGUUCUCCGCGUUUGACCUGACAAUGAGACCAGGCUUACUAAUGGUGGUUGGACUGGUUUCGAUUGUGUCUAUUUUUACGGUGCUAAUAAUCCUGCUGUUCACUCAUAUAAUAAUUUUUCGUCUGGUAAUCUCUGUCAUUGGAACAUUAUUGCUCUGCAUGUAUUUAUACUUUGAUAUCCAGACAAUCAUGGGUGGACGUAGAAUUGAGUUGGGUCCCGAAGAAGUCAUCUUCGCAGCUACGCAGAUUUACGUUGAUCUCAUACUUAUAUACCAGUACUUAUUGCUGUUCGUGGGAUUUUUUCAUCGAUAAUGUCAAACCGAUAUAUCAUACACAUAUCGUCUUUAUAUACUAUUUUACACAUAUAUUUGGAUUAUGUAUGUACACACAUACACAUAUAUAUUAUAUAAAUACAUUAUUUAUAAUUCUUAUAUAAUCUGUAAUAUAUAUCUCGCGAAUAGCAGAGAUACGAAUCAUUUUUGUAAGAUUGUAAUUUGGCUCGGCAAUUCAAUAUUUUGUCAUUUUUAUAAUUUGCAAAAGAUUCGUUUCCCUGUAACCGCGUUCUAAAUGAUAAGCCAUAUCAAGCCAUAUGCGGGUCAUAUUUCAUAGUUUUCGAGUGAUGUUUUCAUCACAGUUUCGAGCGGAGUUCGAAAAUUAUGCGACUCUUGCCGUGCCGUAGAUAAACUUCGAAAGUACAUAUUUAAAAUCUCGCUCUACUUAGAUUCUGAUAAAAAAACAUUUGAUCGAUGCCUUUUUGUAUAAAAAUAAAGAUUUAAAAAGUAGAAAUCGCGCGCCACGCAACCAUGUGAGCCGAGCGUGGCCGAACAACGCCGAUGAUAAUCGACGCAACGUCAGGCUAUUCGCCGU